AUCCCCGCCCACAGCGGCGAAACUCCUCCCCCUGGUGUUGCUGCGAUAUUACUGCUGUGUAUAGGCACUAUUGGGCAGUUUCUCCAGUUCUGCUCUGCUCACAAACACACACACCAUGAUGAACACACGCAACACACUCUGCUUAUGCUGUAUUCUCAGUCUGCUGUGGUGCACGAGCUGCGCGCCACCGACCUGUUACUCGCGCGUUCUGGAGCUCAGCAGAGAAAUCACGACUAUUCUGGACAAACUACACACAACUGUGCGCACGAAAGCGUGCGCAGUGCUCCUGCCGACGGUGUUCCUGGACCCGCAUAACUCCUGCAUCAGGACCAAACUGCGGGAUCUUCUGUAUGUUGUGGAGAAUCUUCCAGUUGAACUCUGCAGAGAGCGACCACGAGUCCGUCUGCUGAGGCGCCGCACACACACACUGCUCAACAUCAUCAGCCGCGCCUGCCACCGGAAACAGGAAACCCCAGCGCUCGAUACACAGAGGACCGACUGCAGCGGCUCGUGGAGGACGACUGAGGAGUGGACACACACACACACACACACUCUCUUUCUGAGAACAACAACAAUACACACACCAAGAUCAACACACACACACACAUCAGUCACAUAACACCAAAAGCUUCGUAAUACUGCAGUAAAACAUGAUAAACAAGCACUUACCUCUAUAUUCUGUUUGUGUGUGUGUGUGUGUGUGUGUGUGUGUGUGUGUGUGUGUGUGUGUGUGUGUGUGUGUGUGUGUGUGUGUGUGUGUGUUUGCAUUCCACUGGCAAGGGAAGAAAUUCCAGAGGAAAUCAGCAGAAUGGCGUUCCUUCAUCUCGCAGCGUCAGGAACACUGCAGGGGCUGUUCUGUUCUUACUCUGCAUGUUUAUUAACACAACACACACACACACACACACACACACACACACACACGACAUGCAUAAUCUACAUUUACAGCAGUCAUCGCUCAGAUAUAUCCUCAUGCUUGGCUCGGUUACGUCUCGGCUCAGUCGUGUGUUUCACUGUUCCACCAUGUCUGACUUCACUAAUGAAUAAAGUGUGUGAUUAAGGA